AUGCGUAACAUGGUACCUUUGGGGACAAUGCUUCUGACGUGGCUCCCUCUGAGGUUAAAUGGAGCGACAAGAGUGCGACCAUUUUCCGCGACAAGUAGUACAAAAGGCUGGGGAGACGUCUCUGGUGGCGGGAGGCGAGCUGGCUCCGUGCGGACUGUCAUUGCGACCCGGUUCCACCGCCUCCGAGGCCCGCUUCUCCGGUCCUCCUGCGCCGCUGGGCCUCCUUGUGGCUGUGCUCCCUGGAGAGUUCCCGCCCCUCCAUUCCUCAAAGCUAUGCUCUCUUUCUCAGAAAAAGAGCCCGCAGUGGCCCCCAACAGCACAUGGUUGCGGCCAUCUUGGGGGCGGGGCCAGCCCAUUAAAGAGGGGUUAUGGUCUCAGCUAAACGGGAAGUGCCAUUUUGGCUACAAAACAUGGCUUAUGAAUACCACUACAAGGGUAACAGUCAUGGAUGAUCCAAAAGUAGUAGAUUCAGUGGAGGAUUUGGUGCCAGAGACUAUCGACAGAGUAGUGGUGGCAGCAGUUCCAGCUUCAGCAGCAGCCACACCAGCAGCAGCCACAGUGGUGGAGGUGGCCAUGGAAGCAGCAGAGGGUUUGGUGGAGGUGGCUAUAGAGGCUUUUACAACAGUGAUGGAAUUGGAGGAAAUUAUAACUCCCAGGGGGUUGACUGGUGGGGUAACUGAACCUGCUUUGCAGUAG